CUGCGGCGACGCAGCAAAUCAGUGUGUCCGGUCGCGAAGAAACGAGGCGUUUUGUGGUGGUGGAAAAUUUCCAUUAAAUUAAAUAGAAAUACCCCUCAAUUGACUACCAUACCGUAUAAAGAGGCAAGUUUGAUCGAACGGCAGUGCAAUGAGUUCGGAACCAGCAACGAAGAAAGCCAAAAUGACGUGCCUCGAUCAACUCAAGUCGAUGACCGUGAUUGUGGCGGACACUGGAGAUUUUGAAGCCAUGAAGGCUUACAAGCCCACCGAUGCCACCACAAAUCCUUCGUUGAUCCUGUCGGCCGCCGGCAUGGAUCAGUAUCAGCACCUGAUUGACAAGGCGGUGAAGAGGGCGUCGGAGAGCGGAGGGAGUCAGGAUGAGAAGGUGGCUGAAGCCAUGGAUGUGCUCUGCGUGCUGUUCGGUUGCGAGAUCCUGAAGAUCAUCCCAGGGAGAGUGUCGACCGAGGUUGACGCUAGGCUGUCCUUUGACCGUGACGCCAGCGUGGCCAAGGCUCUGAAGCUGAUCAAGCUGUACGAAGAGCAAGGAAUCGACAAGAAGAGGAUCCUGAUUAAGCUUGCUUCCACUUGGGAGGGCAUCCAGGCAGCCAAGAUUUUGGAGGAAGAACACGGUGUGCAGUGCAACCUGACCCUGCUUUUCUCCUUUUGCCAGGCUGUUGCCUGCGCUGAGGCCGGCGUGACUCUAAUCUCACCCUUUGUGGGCAGAAUUCUGGACUGGUACGUCGCGAACACGGAGAACAAGUCGUAUCCGGCAGAAAAAGACCCUGGCGUCGUGUCAGUGACCAAGAUCUACAACUACUACAAGAAGUUCGGCUACAAGACCGUCGUCAUGGGCGCUUCGUUUAGGAAUGUUGGCGAAAUCAAGGCUCUGGCUGGCUGUGAUUUGCUGACCAUCAGUCCCAAGUUGCUUGGAGAGCUGGGCGCCAGCACAGAUGCUGUGCCGCGAAAGCUCAAUCUCGACUCUGCCAAGGAGGCGACACUGGAGCAGGUGUUCCUCGAUGAGGCCUCAUUCCGGUGGAUGCUGAAUGAGGAUCAAAUGGCCACGGAAAAACUGUCUGAAGGCAUCAGAAAGUUCGCCGUGGACUCGCGUAAGUUGGAAACCAUGUUGAGGAACUUGCUCCACGCAUCGAAGUGAGGAGAGUUCAAAUUUGAAGGAAUUACACGUUCUUUUGGGGUUUUUGAUGGUCAUUCUGUUUUAUAAUCCUUGAUCUGUUUUAUACCACUUAAUAAAAAGUUCUUAUUGCCAUAAUUAAA